UUAUCACAAAAAACACGAUUGUAUAAAUACACGCCACUUCUUCAGUACGUAGUUUAGUUCCAAAAUAGAGCUAAAGCACUUCAUCGAAAAUGGUACCACUUUCCGUUUGGGUCUACGUACUUAUUUUCAUUUCUUCUAACAUCAUCUAUGUCAGUUGUACCUGUAGCGACGACUCCUUAUUCCUUAUACGAAGUACUAGUUCGAAUUUAGUCGUGGACGCUAGUUUCCCAACAAUAACCCUUCAGCACUUAGAUGGAUACACCCCACAACUGUGGCAGUUCAAACAAAGUAGACCUGGAGUAUAUUUUAUCAUAAACAACAGCACUGGUAAAGCACUGGAUGUAGCAGACGACAACGAAACUCUACUACUUUCCAAAGUAGACGAAAACUCUGUAAAACAGCAGUGGUUCGUAAAUUCAAACGGUCGUAUCCUAAACGUAGGAGUUAAGAAAAACUUGGAUGUAGUAGGUGGAAAAUUCACUGUUAAUAACCCUAUAAGAGCAUUCCCCAAUAAUGGUCAUGUGGCGCAAGAAUUCGUUGUCAAAGAGAAACGUACUUGUAACUGAAAACGUCCCUUGCAUUUAUUUUGUUGUUGUAUAUAACAUUCCUUCCAUUUAUUUUUUUGUUGUUGUUGUAUAUAAUACAGGUAAUUAGUACUUUUUAUAA